AUGGGCGCUCGUGCUGCUGGGGGCCCCUGUGGCUGGGGGCGCUGCGGCGUCCUUUGGAGGCACUUUGGCUGCUUUUGCGCAGCAGCAGCAGCAGCAGCAGUUGCAGCAGCAGCAGCAGCAGCAGCAGCGUCCCCAGCUGAGUCUGCAGCAGCAGCUGCUGCUGCGACAGAUGCCCAGGAGCUCCUGUCUCAGGAGGCCCCCCCCUACCCUCGCUUCGGCAGCAGCAGCAGCAGCAGGCUGCAGCCUGCUGCUGAUGUGCCGCUGCUGCAUGCAGGGGCCCCCUCGCCUCUCCUUUCGGGGCCCCCGACUCCUCAGAGGGCCCCCCCACUCUCUGGGUACCCAGGGGCCCCCCCUCCUUUGGUCUCAGGGGGCCCCCCGGGGCCCCCUCUCCCUGGGUACCCAGGGGCCCCCCCCCUCUUGGCCGCAGGGGCCCCCUUGGGGGCCCCCCUGCCUGCCCAGCCCAUGGGGGCCCCCCUGGCAGCAGGGGCCCCCCCGGCAGUGCUGUACCCAGGGCCUGGCUCACAGGCCGUAGGGGCCCCCCCAGCCCGGGCGGACCGAGGGGCCCCCCCGGGGGCCCCCUGGGGGGCCCCCCAGGGGGGCCCCUCAGGGGGCCCCCUGGGGGGCCCCUGGGAGGGGGGCCCCUGGGGGGCCCCCCUAGAAGGGGAAGAGGCUUCGACAACAGCCACCGCAGAUUUGCUGCCGCCGCGUCUGCAGCUGCGGGGGCUGCUGGGGCUGCUGAGUUCUGCUGCGCUGCUGCUGCUGCUGCUGCUGGAGCCGCCCAGCAGGGGGGGGCAGCUGCUGGGGUCUGCUGCAGCAGGACUGGGCCUCGUGGCAGCUCUCGAGUUCUUUGCAAAUCUCCGCAGCCACAAUUUGCUGCUGCAGCAGUUCGCCAGGGCGCAGCAGCUGCUGCAGCGCAGCAAACAGCCUUCGCUGCGCCGCAAUAUCAUAAAGGACAACCUCAGGGCCGCCCGGGGGGCCCCCCGGGGGCCCCGCGAAGCUGCUGCUGCUGCCCCUUUUUGCUGCUGCUGUGGGGCUUCUGGCUCACUACGAUCGUGCCCUUCUUAA